UAAAAUUAUCGCGCAUGUCUCUAUUUGUGCUGUCAUCGUUGUCAACAAAUUCAUAACAAGGUAGAAGAUGUGCCCGAAUGUUUUUUAAUAAAAUAAUUUAUUUGUGUGCCCGGUUUGAUUAUUAGAAAAUCAAUUUAGAAUCAAUGGAACGUUCCAUUCGUCUUUCUGUGUUGUUGGACGGAAGGAAACCAUCAACAUUUCGUAUUGCGGUUCCAUCCAACUUUGACGGAUUCAUGACAGAAAUUAAAGAAAGAAUUCAAUUGCUUACUCCCGAAAAUUUCCGAAUUGAUUUCAAAGGGUCGGAUCGACAGAUAUAUCGUAUUUUGACGGAUGAGGAUUACCGGUAUUUUUGGAGCCAGGACAUAGAAGAAAUUGUCGUCGAAACAGAACCAGCGCUGACCAACAUUCCGGCUGAACCAAUACCACAACGUGAUAUGUCGCGUGGCGUGACCCGUUGCGGUCUGUUUUGGCGAACGAUCGGUUUCUUCAUUCGACAAUCCCAUCACAAAAUAGAUUAGAAUACUCUGUGCGUCAUCUGUUCACCCGGUGCGCGUCACUACAACAAUAACACUGAGAGCAAUAGUUAAUGAUUUGGCCACAUGCAGUGGUUUCUUACCGCUUUCGUGGCGCUAUUUGUUCAGGCUAGUUUUUGAGAGGCACGGUGCAUCUGUUUAUGAUGCAGGCCAAUCAAGGCUGUAUACUUUGGGGAGGUCACGCAGAUACAGAUACGCGGGUUACACACCACAGUUGAUGAUAAAAU